AUGGACCAGUACGAUGAGCUCUACAAGGUUGUCCUCGUAGGCGACCCGGGCGUCGGUAAGACCAACCUCCUCGCCUAUUUUACGGCGACGGAAGAGGAGAUGGCCGUCGAUGUGGCGACGAAUGCGUCCAAGAUCUUCAGCUCGGUCCGCAAGCCCACGAUUGGCGUCGAGUUUGGCACCAAGAUCAUUACCCACCCGAACGGCAAGCGCAUCAAGGCCCAGAUUUGGGACACGGCCGGCCAGGAGCGCUACCGCGCGAUCACGAGCUCGCACUAUCGCCGUGCCGCCGGCGCUCUUGUUGUCUACGAUCUUAGCAGUCGCGCGACCUUCGAGAACGCUCAGUCGCAUUGGCUCAAGGAGCUGCGCAACUCGGCCGACACCAACAGCACGCUUCUCUCGUGCUUGAUGCUUGUCGGCAACAAGAUCGAUCUCACCGAGGGCGUGAACGGGUCCCCCGUCGUCGCGGCCGAAGAGCACGACGCUGCGGUGGCCGCCGCCAGUGUCAAUGGCGUCCGCGCAUCGGCCAAGACGGGCGAGAACGUCGUGCAGGCGUUCGAGAACCUCAUCAUCGAGGUUUACAACCAGGACAAGGCCCGCAACACGCCCGCGCCGGUCGAGACGGCCGCGCCCGUGAUCGACCUCACCGCCAAGCCGCCGACCAAGAAGAAGCUGCCGGCGUGCUGUAAUUAAGACUCGACGUAAAAACCCUUCAUGUUGCUGCACGAAAACAAUACGUGUCCACUGUG